UCUUCCAGAUGUUUCGGCAGCUGACAGAAGCUCCUCUACUGGUGCGUGAUCCAUAAAUAGUAUCAGACUAUCUCGCCACGGAGGAGUUAUUGCCACACGAAUCUUCGACAUUCUUCUGUUGGAAACACGGCGAUUCUAUAGAACCUCAAUAUGACUGAGGACAAAACUGCGACCGAGGACUUCCAAGCGGGAAAAUACGCUGAAGCAGUGGAAAAGUAUUCAGCAUUAAUCAAUGCAACUCCCAACUUUUCUUCUUACUACCUUAAACGGGGACAAUGCUACCUUAAAAGUAAUAAGUAUAAAGAGGCUCUCCAAGACGCGCAGAAAGCUUCAUCUCUGGGCGAGAAAAGUAUGGAGCUGGCCAUGCUAGGAGGAAAAGUGGCCACCAAACUCCAGAUGUACGAGGAAGCCUACCGAUUCUACAAGAUCGGGGUAGAGUUGGACAACACUAAUACAGACCUGGUGGAGGGGCUCAGAAAUCUUCAGCAAGCCAUUCUUGACGAAUACGAACUAGAGGGGGGAGAGGACGCUGAGAAAGGUUACUCCGCCGUAGACUUCUGCUCCCAGGACCCGUACCCAGGGGACGACAAACUGCUGCAGAUAGAACAGAAGAUUCUGGAAAACAAACACAACAUCCAGGACACCAUUCCAUGGAAGGACUACAAGGACGGAGGAGAGUUCCGGGGCCAGGCUUCAGAGGCCGCGAUAGAGGCGCACAGUCUGAUGGUAGCGGGCAAGCUUGAGGAGGCCGUGCAGAAGUUCACCUUUGCCAUAGAAACGGAACCAAACAACGCCAUCUUGAGACGCCUGCGCUCUGAGGCGUACUACAUCAUGGACGACAAAAUCAACUCUCUGAGGGACUUAUGGGCGAUUCCGAAAAACCAGAGAAGGGUGGAAGUCUGGCGACUAGGAGGUCAAAUAUUUCACGAUCUGAAUUUACCAUUACACGCCGAGCUUUGGUUCAAGAAUGCAACUCGGCUCACCGAUGGCAAGGAUGAAGGUGUCAAGAUUCUAUUCCAGCGAACAAGAAUCCAGAGGCUGUAUGCUCCUUUAUGCAAUAAUCUGGCCAUAAAUGUUGAGUUCUCUGACUUCGGUAAAUGUGUAGUGGCCAAAAAAGCCAUUAAAGAAGGAGAGGAGUUGUUUACAGAGAAACCUCUGAUAAUGGGGCAGGUUAUGGACAAGGACAACAACUUUGCCUUGUCAUGUGACAACUGCGCUGCUUCUAUACUCACUGCUGAAGACUACUUUGGAAGCACCUUGGAAACUAUGGAGCCUGAUUUGAAGGAACUGAUUAGAGAAAGUUGGCCAGAUAUCCCAACAGUUGCAUGCGAUAAAUGUCAGAAAGUAAAGUAUUGUAGUGAGGAUUGUCGGCGCCAGGCGUGGGUUAGUCAACACGAGCUCAUAUGUCCUGCUAGGAGCGAAGCCACGAAAAAACUCCACGAAAUAUCGCAGAAUUUAGGCCAUGGUGUCGCUGAAGAUGGUGUUUGGAAAAACCUCUGGGACGCCCAUUUCAGUCCAUUGUUUCUAGCGAGGGUGUGGUCCAGUAUCAUAUCAGCAGCUAAACACAUGAUGAAAGAAAGCGACGGAUCGGUGCCUACAGCAGAGCAGUGGGCCAAGGCCAGGAGUCCAUUUAGAAAGUUCAUGGCCUUUGGAAACUCCUCGGCCGCCGACAGCAUGCCGACGAUCUUGAACCUUAUCCGCGAGAUCUUCAAAGAUUGCGGUGACGGGGUUCAAUACAAAAUUACCGACAACGAAUUUAAUGGCCGAUAUUUUCAAGCUGUGUGUAACCUUCAGACCUUCUCCUCUCCCAUUACUCCCUACCACCGCUUCAUGACUCGAGUCUCCAAGCUCGGCGCAGAGGAUACAAGAGGUAUGAGGAUGCUUAAAUAUCUACAAACAACACCACACCUCAACACAUACUGUGGUCUUUUUCAGCUGCAGUCGUGUCUAAACCACUCUUGUACAAACAAUGUACAAGUUAGUGAUGCUGAGGUUGAAGGUUAUGGUGGGGUCAAGGUCGUUGCUAAAGCUGACAUCAAGAAAGGCGACGAAUUGUUCACGACCUACAUUGACACGUCAAUGCCGCGGAGAUUGAGGCGGGCUUGGCUUUUCCGGUCAUUUAACUUUUGGUGCCAUUGUCACCGCUGUGAAUUUGAAGGAGAUGGGCCAGAAGUUUGCACGGAAUGUCAAAAGAAGGCGGAAAACAAUUCUCUGUUUCUUGCAUGUGGACAGUGCCACAGGGCAUGGUAUUGCUCGGUGCCGUGUCAGAAGUCGGCAUGGCGGCGAGGGCAUAGAAAGAUAUGCAGGAAAACAAAGUCCUCAACAGAUGCAGCAGCCAAUCAGGACUCAAUAGAAUUGUCCAAUAAGGAACCAGAGAAGUAACAAGUUAUCGGUGUGAUAGUCUGUAUGUCUAGAUUGUAUUCUUAAUAAAAGCACAUCAGAGAU